AUCGCAAGCUUCGCUCGAGUACGGUCCGUCGAAAAAUUUCUCAAAACAAAAAUAGCAACCAAACGGUGCAAAUCGCGUUCGAAAGUGAUCCAAGUGUCGCGUAAAGUGCCAAUCAAAAGUUCGUGAAUCGAAUGGUGUGCGAGUGUUUCGUGUGAAACAAGAAUUUCAAGGCGAAAACAGCAUUAAAUUUUUCAAUUCAGUCGUUCCUCAAGGGGCCCAGUAGCACCAGCAGCAGCAAAAAUGAUGGAAAAAUAUAAGUCCUCCUUGUACAUCUAUAUGUAGCUGUAGUGGAUCUAGCUCCUACGGUUGUGUGCGUGAGUUCUGGUUUUGUUUCAUUCAAGUCAUACCAGACACGUCCGGAGAGGUAUUGCGUGUGUUGACAAAAAUAAAGUAUUGACCGCGCGGAAAAUAUGCUUUGAUUGUGUGUGCUCAUUUAAUAUUAUGACUCAACGCUAGAGGAAGGGCUAGCCGAAGCUUGUUUGUGGAGGCACAAGAGGAGCAGUAGAAGACGUAGUGCGAGAAUAUUUUGAAGUGCUAGAAGCAGAGUGAGACGCAAAACACUCCCGUUGAGGAAGUGCAUGAUUAUUACUGACUUGUUUCUGUUUUUGGAAGUGGUUGCCCUCUACGCGCGAUUCGCAAAGGGUGAAGAAUCGAUAAAAGUGUACACACAUAAAGAAGUGGACUAAGUUACGAGCCGGACUCGUUAGUUUAAAAGUGGGACUUUCUCUUCCGUGUGAAAGAGUGGAUCAGUUUACCUUCUUCGGAAAGAAGUGAUCGAACUGCCCCAGCGGUAAUCUUGUAAAGUUACCGCCAAGUUUCGAUCCGUAUUAAAUGUGCCCUCAGCGUACGCAGCACUACAGAAGCCGCCGAAUCGCUAGUACCAAAAUAUUAAAGAAGAGACUCUGUGUGCACCCAACGACCAUGUUCAGAAUCGCUCGAGUCAACAACAGCUUAAUAAGAGAGAGAUCGCCCAAGAUGGUCAAGUACUCAGCUCCACAGUUGUUUGCCGCUACGAGUGUGCAUCAUCACUGUUGUUAAAGAGUCAUCUCCGCUGUGUGGAGGAUCUUGCUGCUGUGAACCAACAGCACACUAGCUUAGUUCUUUAAGCAUAAAGGCAUCGUUUGAGGGUGUAGAAAAUUGUUCAAAAUAAAAUUAAACCAACAUCUUAGCUACCUUAAAACCGUUACAUAAGCUUAACGUCUCUUACACACUGAUACCACCUAGAGGAAAAACAACACGAAAGCAAAUUUCCACUCUUUUUCAUUAUUUCAUCGCAUAACCAAAACAUCUACCAUUUGAUCAAAAUGAAGCUACUGGAGAGCACCAGCUUUGAGGCGAUUAACAAUGCGCUUCACAUUCUGACCGGCGAUAGUACUAUUCAUGGUCGCAUCGAAAGUUACUCCUGCAAGAUGGCAGGCAACGACAAGGCCCUGUACAAACGUUUCACGUCAGAACAGGCCCCUACGGAUUUGCAGGCUCUGUCGCCGCCGCAAACCCUGCAGGACUUUUCUCCGCAGGUGCUGCGAAGCUCGCUGUCCGGGGACGAAGGUGCAACCUUGUGCGAUACCAUCUCGCGCAAGACGCUCUUCUAUCUGAUUGCAACGCUCAAUUCCGCCUUCGAGCCGGACUAUGACUUUAGCGAUGCGAAGAGUCAUGAAUUCAGCAAGGAACCUUCGCUUCAGUGGGUUCUCAACUCGAUCGAGGGCAAUUUAUCGGCGGUAGCCGGCGAGCAGUACCACAAGAUCCGCUCGGCACUCUGGUCCACGAUCGAGGAUGAGAUUUCCCUCAACGACUGCGAUAUCUACAGCUACAAUCCAGAUCUGAACUCGGAUCCAUUCGGAGAGCCGGGCUGUCUAUGGUCGUUCAACUAUUUCUUCUACAACAAGAAACUGAAGCGCAUCGUCUUCUUCACCUGCCGGGCCAUCAACUCGGUUUAUGCUGACUCUGGAUUCAGUAGUGACUUUGCAAUGGAGGACGAUGAAUGCUACUAAAAGGAAAGAAAGAAAAAAAAAACAGUAACGCAACAGCAACUCUUUCCAGCAGCUUUGGUAGGGUUCUGGCGGAUUUAUUUAUAUUUUCAACUAUUUACGCAAUUUGUUUAUUAGAUCACUUUUUUUUUAUUAAGGGGCAGGAUAUUUUUUGUGUUACUAUUUAGGGGCUUUCCGUUACAUGUAGAAAUUUGACAUACAAUUUUUAUUUCACGACUUUUUUUGCUACAUCAUGUCACAUCAGGAAAGGUUUGUUUUUCUUCUAGGAUCGUUCGUUUAGUAAGUGACCCGAUUAUUAUCUUCAGUGUUAGAAACAUUAAAUUGCAUCAACAAACCUUGAAAUACUUGAAAAAUUGUGAAGCUAAACAGUAAUAAUCAACUUAACUAACAAGUUUGUCCCCUUUACUACAGAAUACAUAGUACUAAGACCAAAUGAAAUGAAAUAUGUUAUUGAUAAAAAAAAUAGCUUGAAAAAAAGCGAAAAUACAUUUUGAACAAUUUUUUGUAACACACCACACAGCACAGCACCGUUACGUGAAGGCAGGUGAGAGCUGCGAAGUGAGAAUUGACGUAACCGUGAGUGCGCGAUGCCGGCAAUGUGUAGCCAACUGGAACAGCAAACAAAGGGUUUUCUAGAUAUUUAAGGGCAUACCUAUGAUGCGAGCAUACACUCAACGGACUCUCUGGUAGAAACGCUCGCACGCAAUAUCCGUACGAUGAUGGUAUGAAAAACUAUGACUGUUAAAACUACCCAGGCCAGAGAUACAUACAUACAUACAUACACGACUAUUACUAAAUAGACAAACGACGUUUGCUAGACUGCAGUGGAGCGAAAUUUAGAUGCUUUUCAGGAACUUAGCAUAAAACAGAACAAAUAUAAAACAUGAAAAAUGAAACACAAAAAAAAUCAUACUAGACGUAAGCGUGAAAGAUAUUCGAUAUGAUGCACCUGAAAGAUUGCUAAAUUCCGUCCCAGCCUGCAGUCGCCAGUUGGUGAGAUUGCCCCUGUUUUUGGUGGCUAACGAGUUGCUUUUCUUGUGCUAAACGGAUUCGGACGGUUGGAGAAGGAGACAGUUAAAUUUGAGACAAAUUAAUCUGCGGUAAAAAAUAUAGCAAAUUCAAACAAAAAAAAAACAUACACAGAAAAGCUUCACCCUAGGAGGAUGAAAGGUCACCGAAGACCGAAUCGCUCCUAGCGUGGAUAUUCGUUGGUCACCAUCAACAGUAUUCUAGUACACUCAGUAGGAUAGGGCGGUAAGAUCUUUGUCGUCCGUCACCGAACCGCGGUGGCAGAGCCGCAUGUGAGAACUAUUUUAUUGACUGUACUCUGUGAUAUUAGUUUGUAAGGAAAACCAGUAAAAGAGGAAACAAUUCUAUAUUAGCCUGGUAAAUGUACUUUUAAGAAGUUUUUGCGCUUUAACUGAAUGUGAAUUUUCUCUAUUUUUUUUUAUUUCCCCAAGCAAUUUUUUUAAUAAACCUUACCUUAGUGAACUAAUAUUGGUCCUCCGACGGUGGUGAACCAGAACUAGCUAGAGUGUUUCAUUACUCCGAGAAAGGGGGAAGUGAGGACAUCACUCAUUUUAACGUCAUCAUCAUCAAUUGCUGAAGUACAAAUUACAUGUUGUGAUAAGUAGCUUUAGAAAUUAUUUGUCAAGGGUGUCCUCGGGUUCGGUUUGAUAGCCUCCAUCUGCUGUCCGUAUCAUGCGGAUGUCUGAACGAUCAUCUUUGUUUUGCAUAUUCAUUGUUUUUUUAAGUAUCUGACGACUAGAGAUUUUAUUCAGGAAUAAGGUUUGUAUCACAGAAAACUGUCAUACACGGAAUACAUCGUAGAUUUUAUUUUACCAAAAUGAUUUCUACGCAGUUAGGUUCUGGUUCUCGUCAAAUGAGGGCUUAGAGAAGAAAAAAACAAAAAAAAGUAUCCUGAUGAAUGUGGAAUACCUGUAUAAAGAAAGAGAGAGAAGGAUUAGUAAUUUCCAUUUAAUUCCACUACCUUAAUGUCUUAUCCUUGACAGAUACGCGUAUUUCGUCAACAAUGUGCAGACUUCUUCAGCGUCUUGUACUAAUACUCGACUGGUAGAGGAAUUAAAUGGAAAUUACUAAUCCUUCUCUCUCUCUCUUUAUAUAUCAAAAAGAAGUUAUUUGUCGACGAAAGCAAUUCUCGGCCAAAUGCUCUAGUUCUCUUGGUUGAAAAAUAGUCCCAAAAGGUACAGUGUACAGAUUUACUGUGAAGCAGUCUCUAUUCCCAUGAGCUAGGAAAGCCACAUAUGAGAUAAUAUCGUUUAGGCGUCAUUAAUAUGAUCGGCACAGAUGGAUUUGCACAACGGUUUCUGGUUCACACCUAGUAAAAAAUGCUUUAAUUUUUGCCCAUUUUCAGUUACUUUUAAAAGUUAGAAAACCGCAAGUUUAAAAUCUCGAUACCAGCGGUAUGAAUCAUUUUUGUCUUAGUCUAAGAAUUUCAGUAUAAAAAUUCAACUGAAACCACACCAUGAGAGCAACAGAGUGCACUAGCCUCAUGCAAGCCAACACACAGCAUAAAGCAACCCUCGCAAAAACUACCAUACGAUACCAAUAGCAGCCCGAGACGUUCAAAGGCCUUCAGAGUUAAAUUCAGCAACAUACAGGCAUGAGUCACAUGCCGCUGUAUUACCCCUAAACCAACCGGUCCACCACCAAAACCAUCAGCGCUGUUGAUACAUGUCUGCACGCGAGUGUGGCACGUUUUUUCUACGACUGGAAGCAAUGCCGACAACCUAGCAGCUAACAGAAAGUGCUUUAUCGAUACACAAAGCACCAUCAUGCGCCGGUCAACCACACCGGUUUACGAUUUCACUUUUUUGCGUUAUCAUAUAAACAUCCAAGUAAGCUGAAUUUGCUUUUCGAAACUCAACGCCUACUGUUUCUUAUAUCGCCCGGAUUGCCAACUGUAGCAGUAAAAUUAAUAUCGUACACCAAUCCUAAACACAAUAUGAUCUCAUAUUUCUAUUGUAAACCUAAAUAGGAACACGCGCACGAUCCCAUCGUGAGAGGCACACGUGAUAAUGGUUGUGUCUGCCGCAACGAACGGGAAAAAACAAUAACCGUUCCAUCGGUUGGUAUAAAUGACUCAAGUCAUCAUAAAUACGUACCUGCACAAUAAUCUCGGGACGGGACGAGACGAUAAGAAACAGCUUGUUUCCCUGCUGCUGCUGAUAAGGACCGGUUAUUUUUUAGCAAACAGGGCACCUGUGGGCGAAUGUGCAACCUGAAUCGUCUCGACUCUCGUUGCUGCAUCGGUAGGAAAUAGUCCACGGCAUGAACUCAUUUAAAUGUAUCUUCCCAGGUCCAAAAAGCUCCCAUGCUGAAGUCUGAUGUCAUUCAAAUUGCGACCAUUGGCACUAUUCAAUUGAAAAGCGUUGUUUGCGUGUUGGCUACAUUUUAAAGUUUUAAAUUUUAGUGACUAACUUUUUUUGUUUGGUAUUGCAUAACAUAUAUUUAAAAAGAAAACAACCAAGAUCUAUAUUUUAGCGACGUAAAGAAUAGUAACUUCAAUGUGCACACACACACCCCCCGACCAUCAUUGCGGGAAGGGGGGUAAAUUUUGAUCAUAGAAAAGUUAUCGAAACAGUUAUGUGUAGCAUUAACAAAAUGAUGUUGAAUGAAAAAAGCUAAAUAUAAACAGAAAACAUUAGUGAACAUACCUUGUUGUUUUAAAUGAUAAAGAAAAUAAUUCUCUUUGAUUCGAUUGCAUCUUUUUACUGGAAAAAUUACACAUCAUAUUACUGAAAAUUUAAAAGAUAAUAAAAAGUAAAUAGGAAAAGCAUAUUCGCAGC